AUGGCGGCGCCGGCUAACAACCCCUUCGGGGCGCCUCCUCGACAGGUCUUCAACAAUCCGUUUGGUCCACCAGCGGCUCACUCAAGCUCCCUAACUGCUCCGGCCACUAAUCCCUUUGCCGCACCCGUCAACAACCCGUUCGGCGCACCUGCUCCCACAAACCGGCCGUCCUCCUCCGAAAGCCCAUUUCUCACCCCGUCCAGCCAGACGUCUUUGUUCGGGGGCUUAUCAGCUGCCCCGCCAACGUCUAGCCGACAGUCAUCACCGUCGGUAGCGCAAAAUCCGUUCGCAAAAACCCUGGCGCAAGCCAAACCUAGCGCACCCUUUGGAGCACCGCAAAGUGGCCCUGGCAGCACUCAGAAUCCCUUCGGUUCCCAGACACUACCCUCCAGCUCGUCCAAGAGAUCGCCGGCUGUUGGGCCCACCGAUGCCAGUGCGAUGGCCCGCAGAGUGAGGUUCGCCGAUGGCAAACCGCCGGUGCCGAAUAACAACGAAAAAUUCGGGGGCCGAGGAGGGCAAGCUCGGAGCUCACCACGCACCGCAGCGUCAAACCCGUUCGCACAGAAACCGAACGGCCCCGCGACGGAGGCGGACACGAAGACCCGGCGAGGCGGCCGGAACAAGCAGCCUGAGCGUCAGGAACGCUAUCAACCCUCUCAGAGCCGGCAAGGCACGCAGCACGCAGCCGCGGCGGGAGCGCCCAGUGAACGGACCAAGCAGCUAUCGCCGUUUGCUUUCGACUAUGCAAACAAGCUAUAUGACCAACUAAGAAAGGAGAACAUCAACCCUCCACAAUGGCCGGCGGAACCCGGCAACCCCAACAAGCGCGCCGCGGUCGAGAGCUUCAAGGAAGCGUACAAGAAGUUCCGCACCAAGGUCUACGCUUCGUUGAGGAAAGCCGAUCUGAUCGAUGACCCGGAGAAGAGACGGAAGCUCGAGGAUGCGCUUCCCUUCAAGGGUAUCUGCGAAGACAUGUGCCCACAGUUUGAGCAGGUCUCACGCAUUGCCGAGUACGAUGUCAAGACGGAAGAGAAGGAGACGCGCCCGGAUGGGUUGACGAUGUGGCCCGACCCGUCCCGGAUGGUCAAGAAGUUCGGGCGGUCGGCCGCCGGCCAAGACGCGCCGCUACCCAUGGACGUCCGCACCGUGGACGCGCUGCGGCGGACGACCGACUAUCUUUUCAACGAUCUACUCCAGUCGGAAAGCAACUUGCCUUCGAUGCACAACUUCUUGUGGGACCGGACCAGAGCGGUGCGUAAGGACUUCACCUUCCAUUCGCAGAAAACGGGCGAAGAGAUGAAAGAGAUGGUCUACUGUUUUGAGGCCAUCACCCGAUUUCACGCCACCGCUCUGCAUUUGCUGUCGAGGAAAGGCUUCGCAAACGAAGACUUCGACCAGAAGCAGGAGAUCGAGCAGCUGGGCAGGACUAUCUUGUCACUCAUGGAGGCUUAUGAUGUCUGUCGUGACAAACGAGUCCGAUGUGAGAACGAGCCCGAGUUUCGAGCCUACUAUCUCCUCCUCAACGCACACGAUCCUGCCAUAGCACGGAGGAUCCCUACGUGGGGGAAGGAGUCUUGGUUUGAGUCUGAGGAGGUCCAGACGGCCCUGUCCUUGAUACACGCCAUGGAUGAUGUCCGAGAGCUCAAGGGACCCAUCAAGCCGCGGCGGCCGACAGCAUUGUCUGACACGUCUUUUACCAACUAUUUUUCGAUUGUCGAAGACCCGCGUGUGUCCUACACGAUGGCCUGCGUCGCCGAAGUACACUUCACGACGGUGCGCCAGGGCAUUCUCAGGAGUUUGGUCCGGGCUUAUGCGCGGUACCGUGAUGCGCCUCGUACCAUCACAGCGUCUGAUCUCAACGCAUUGCUGAGAUUCGACACAACCGAAGAGGCGGUCGAAUUCGCAGAGCUUCACGAUUUCGAGUUCUCGACAUGGGUACCAGAGGGGAGGGCUGCUGUGACCGAGCCCUAUUUGCUUCUCAACAACAAGAAGAAGCAUGUACCAUCGCCGAGAGUCCGGCAAUCGUUUUCGGGGAAGUUGGUGGAGCGGAAGCGUACGACACAAUCACUCCCCUAUGUUAUAUACAACACCAUCUAUGAGGAGCCGGCGGCCAAACCGUCAGGCGCCGAGGACGACACGGACGAUCUAUUCGUCAGCCAGACUAAGCCGUCUGAGAGGCCCUCGGCACCUAUACAGCCAGCCAAGCCAUCGACAGCAACCGCAGCCACCCCAUUUUCAUUCGGUACUGCGGCCCAGAGCACGCCUUGGACAAAUGGGGUUCCUCCUUCUACUGGAGCACCGGCCGGGACGCCAGCACCACCGUUCCCGAGUCUGCAGGGCUCACAGCCCUCUUUGCCAACUAUAUCCAAUCCCUUUGCAAUCCAGGGCCAACUUCAGGCGGAGGCUCUCGCAGCAAAGAGUCCCUUUGUGUCUCUGAGCCAGCCACAAUCCGCGCCGGCACCCGGAACACCGUCCAAGCCAACUUCACUUCUCGGGCAGUCGGCUCAGCCUGGGCAAGCCACUACCUCACCUCUCGCUUCCCUGAACCCGUUACGCUCAGGAACUUCGGCGCCAUUCACCUUCCCGAGCUCGACCCCAGCGCCCUCCGUCUCAAACGACAAUCAACAAACUACCUCAGCGUUACCGCCUGCGCCCUCACUUUUUGGCAGCGCUACUUCUAAACCGAUCACCGCUCCCCCAUCGUCACAAAACACAGGUUCUACCCAGUCAGACGCCACGUCGUCUUCUCUGUUGGGGUCAGUUCCUCCAGCCGGCGCGCCUCUAUUCUCAACGGCCUCCUUCGCAAAACCAACAGAACGGCAACCUAGCCCAGCUCCGCCCGCCGUCCCUUCAAUAUUUGUCUCUCCACGUUCCGCUACGGGGCAGCCUACGGGGCAGCCUACGGGGCAGCCUACGGCACAGGAAACACAGCCUACCCUUUUCCCUUCCGCUUCCCAGCUACCUGGAGCAUCACCCUUAUCUGCUUCCACAUCGCCUACUGCGGCUAUUUCCGCCUCGCCCAAGCCCCAGAAACUGCCCAAGCGAGAUCUGAUAGGCGACUUUACGAAAUGGUUCGUUAAGGGCGACGAUGGUAUCAUGGAGCACUUCACGGAAGAAACCUUGCGGAUCAUGCUCUGGGAUGUCUGGCAAGACUUCCAGAGAGAGGAAGCUGAACGGAAACGGAGGGCUGAGGACGAGGAAUCUUGGCGGAUCGCUCGCGAACAUCUCAGGCACCGCCUACAAACCAAGUACUUCUACAAGUGGCGCAACAACGCUCGGUCUCUAGCCACGAAACGCAUCCUCCGUGAAGGCAAAGAAAAGAUGCGCUUGUAUCGCGAGCAACAGCAAGCCCUCCUGAGACAGCAACAGGCAGAAAAGGAGAAGGCGGAGAAAGAAGCCAAACGAGCCGCUAAGAGACAGCUCAUGGACGACACUCAACGCAUUAGCCUGCUCGCUGCAUCGACGCGCCGUCGUGGCAGCAUCGCCUACAGCGCCGACCACAACCCCGAAGAGCAGCUCCUCGCAAGCGGCGUGCUCUCCGGCCUGCGCGACGAUCCACGCUCUGUCGCCCGCCGCGUAGUCCGAGAAGCCGGUGACGCGUGGGCGGUGGCCAGCGCCCCGCGCUCCUUCGGAUACGCCGAGUCGGAGCUCGAGCUCGAACCGGCGCCAUCAACCCGGGCCUCUCCUGACGCCAGUAGCGUUGGCGGCAGACGCGAGGGUUGGAAGACGCGCUCGCUGCGCGAGAAGUUCGGCAUCGAGCCUCGCAGGAGCCUCUCGGCGAGCGGGUCUGUCGUCAACGGCGAUUCCUUUCGAUCGUCUUCCACGUCCCGCUUCCGGCAGUCGCUUCCUGGGAACGGGGCGAGCAAGAUGACGAAUUUCUCGAGGAAGAGAUCCGCCGAGCAUGACGAAGGCGAUGACGCGCAUGGAGCCAACAAGAAGCACUCUGUUUACGUCAACGGCUCAGCAAAGCCGACUGGGCUCGCCAAGUCGCGACACUGGGAAUUGCGCGUCCGGGGCUUCGUCCCCAUGCCGGAUGGAAAUUGGUUACCCGAGGCCAUUGCCAAGUCUGCGAAGGAAAAGAAGGCAUCCGGGUCGCCGCCGGAUGACGCGUACGAACACUCGCCCCCGCUGGAGGAUAUCGACAUGGCGAGCGGCGGCGCAGACAGCCGCGCAGCGUCGCCCACGCCAUCGGACCUGCGUCUGCGCCUGGCGAGGCUGAUCAAGAAACCUCCUCGUCCGUCAUUCUACGGUCACGGGUCGAGGCACAGCGUAGACCUGCCAACCGCCACCUCGACGGCCGGGUUCGCGGCAACGAACGGCUUGCUGUCUACUUCGCCGCCGCACCCGCCCUUUGGUGUCCCCGGGAGGAGCCACAGCGGAGAUGGGCAGUCUGGGUUAACGGGCAAGAGAAAACGUGCGUCGGGCGUGGACGGAGAGGAUGGUCACGUGGGAGAUGAGGAAACCGAGAUGUCGCCCUUGGCUAGGAAGAAGGCGAAUCUGGUUGAUGUUGCGACGCCGGGCAGGGAGGAGACGAGCGCCAUCGUGGAGAACACGAGGAAGAUGCUGCGGGAUCUGAGGGAGUUUAUGGAUCGGGUGGACCGGGAAGAGGGUAUCAAGACGUGA